CUAGAGGCAAAACAGAUGACGCCAUCCGCCUGCGACAAACCGUUUUCUCCACCGGCUGGCGGCGUGAUGGAGGUCUGCGGCUCCCCGACGGUUUCUCUGAGAGCGUUUGGCUGCGAGCAGAGCUUGCUGUCUCGACCUGAUGGCUCUGCUUCCUUCGUCCAAGGAGACACGAGUGUGAUGGCCGGAGUGUACGGACCCGCUGAGGUCAAAGUCAGCAAGGAGAUCUAUGACCGGGCGACCCUGGAGGUGUUGGUGCAGCCCAAAGUGGGCUUGCCAGGUGUAAGAGAGCGAUCGCAGGAGCAGUGUUUGCGGGAAACCUGUGAGGCUUCUCUGCUCCUGACGCUUCACCCUCGCUCCUCGCUCACUCUCGUCCUUCAGGUGCUGCACGAUGAUGGUUCACUGCUGGCCUGCUGUUUGAAUGCUGCAUGUAUGGCUCUUAUGGACGCAGGACUGCCCAUGGAUUGCCUCUUCUGCGGCGUGACCUGUGCCAUCAACACAGAUGGGCAAAUCAUCACAGAUCCCACUGCAGCUCAGGAAAAGGAAAGUCGAGCUUUGAUGACGUUUGCGAUCGACAGUGCAAAACGCAGCGUUAUGAUGUCAUCGACCAAAGGAUCAUUUUCAGUGCAUGAGCUGCAGCGCUGCAUCGCAGUCAGUCGGAGAGCAUCGGAGGACGUCUUCCAGUUCUACAGAGACUCUGUGAGGCGCCGUUACUCCAAAAGCCUUUGAGACACAUGCAGCUUUCCUUUCCCUCGUCUUUCUUUAUUUUAACAAUGCAUGCAAACACUGAUGUUGUAAUAAAAUAUUUAGAAACCGC